CAACAUAGUGCUCUUUCAACUUCUCACCAACACAAAACUCAAAACUUCAUAAAAAGCUGUUUUCUUUCAUUGCUGCUUAAUUCUCUUGUUUCAAACAACAGUCCAUCAUAUUCAUGGCUUUGAUCCAAAGUAACGUCUUCUUUACUUAUUUGCUGAUUCUUGCCGCACUUUGUGGAGUUUCCAUUGGAGCAACGGUUCACAAAGUCGGUGACUCCACGGGGUGGACGAUUAUGAGCGUCAAUUACGAUGCAUGGGCAUCUUCAAGAACUUUCCAAGUUGGAGACUCUUUGGUGUUCAACUACAACAAAGAGUUCCACGAUGUCACUGAAGUCACUCACAAUGAUUUCAAGCUGUGCGAAUCUACUAAACCGAUAACGAGAUACCAGACCGGCUCUGAUACCAUCAUUCUAACCAAACCGGGACUCCAACACUUCAUAUGCGGAUCUCCUAGUCACUGCGACUUGGGACAAAAGCUUCAAAUCCAUGUCUUACCGGCCUCAUUAGGACCCGUCGCUGUUCCUGUUCCUGGACCGGUCCGAUCACCAAGCUCUUCUUCGUCACCUUCACCGUUAGCUGAUUCACCGGUUAACAGUGCUCCACAUCAGUCUCAGAUGGGACCGUCACCAGCUCCACUUAGCGCAGCUUCAAAGUCUAGUCUUUGGAUUGGACUCUGCGUCCUUCCUGUACUUUCUCGUUUCAUAUUAGUUUGA